AUGUCAUCUGGGAGUGUUCCUGGUUCUUCUGGAGAGACCAUGAUUUACUACCUCCUUGCUGGUGUUGCUGCUUUUGGUGGUUUAUUUUAUGCCUACAGAAUAGUCAGUUCAUCCCGCAGCAAGUAUAUUGAACAUUUGAAUAUUCUUCAGGAGAGAGCUGAGGGGCGGAAAGACAAACCUUGGUCAAGCAAGGGUGAUGAAGAAGAGACGGCUGAAGUCACUGAAGCAGAGACAGUCACGGAAGAGGCUGAUGCAGUAGCUGCUGCUGGACCUGCAGCACAGGAUGAGAAUGCUGGGCUAUCCCCAGAAACUGGAGGGGAGAAUGACUUACCAGCUCCAGAUGCAUCCCCUGCUGUCGAGGAAGCACAGCAGGAAGCUGCUGCUAAUUUGGAAGUUGCUGCUAAUUCAGAAGCUGCUGCAGUGCAAGGUUAA